UUUAGUGCUCAUACAGUCUCUGAAUUGGUGUGCUCGCGAGCAGUCGAGAGCAGCAGCAUUCUGCUUAAAACACAAACUAUAUCGCGACAAGUAGAUGUUGAAGAUCGUCUCAUUUUUUUUGCAUAAUUGUAUUAUUUAAAUAAUUAAAAAUGGACGACAUAUCUUCAUUCGUGGAGGUGGAGUUGCGCGAGGGAGAAGAAGUUGACGUCGAGGAAGUCGAGGAAGUGCCGCCAGUGGAACCAGUUAAAGCAUCUAAACCAGAGCCAAAAUCUUAUCCUUGUCAGAAAUAUUCCCAAAGUGAAAAUGAAUUUUAUAAAUUAACAUAUGGGAAAGACAUUCCUGGAACUCGUUUUAUGAGGCUUCAUUGUACUGGUUGUGACGAGCACAUAGGCUCUGCUCCUAGUGAAGAACAGAAUAUGCAUGAACAUCCUGUUCUGAAAACACUACUUUGUACCAAAUGUUAUCAAUUUUAUGGUGAUGGUAAUUUUGAGCAAGGGGAAGAUAAAACAGACAUGUUCUGUAGAUGGUGUGCUAAUGGGGGUAAUUUAUAUUGUUGCUCUAAUUGCAGUAAUACAUUUUGUAGCAAAUGCAUCAAAAGAAAUUUUGAACCCAACGUUAUAAAAAAAAUUGAAGAAGAUGAGAAUUGGAAGUGUUUUGUUUGCGACCCAUGUGAUAUUUUUCCAUUAAGAUCUUUAUGUAGAGCUUUAUUAGAACACAUCAAAAAAGCAAAAUUUUUGUUAGAGUUUUCAACUAAUUUAGAUGCCAAAACUAAAGAAGAAAAGAUGCACCUUGAUGAAUCUAAAUGUUGUUUACGUAAGCGUAGAAAGCGAACACAUAGUUUAUCUCUUUCAGAUGAUGAUGAUGAUGAUGAAACAGACGAUUUAUAUUUACCUCACUCUAAAAAAAAUCAAUCCAAAAAGCGUAAAUCUACUCGCAAAAGUGAUUUUACUAAUGGCCACAGCAAAGAAGCAAAAAGAAUCCCAGAUCCUGUGAACACCUCAGCUGAAUUUGACCCAUCAGACUUAUUAAUUCCUUGCGAACAAACAAUGAUUGAGGGCGAUGAAAUAUUAAAUCCUGAAAAUGCUGAACCUUCUAGAGAUGGUGAAGUUUUAGAAGAAUCAACUGAAUCAUCUGAAAUUAUUCCAGUGGGAACAAUUAUAGAUAAACAAACGAGAGACAAAAUUGAAACUAAUGGUCCAAUAGGUAACAAAACUUUUGCCAAUUUACUAAAAGCGGCAAUGGCAAAAUCAAAUAAUAAAACAAUCCAGAUUACAACUACAUCAAAAGGCACAAAAACAAAACUUGUUGCAGUACCUAUCUCUCGUGUAAAACAAGCUAUGUCUUCUAAUAGCCUAAAGAUUGUGAAGCCUCCAACGCACUUUCUUCUUUCAAAUUCGGGUCAGAGAAGAAUUUUACCCAAAAUAAUUCCCAAACCCAUUCCUCUGGGUUUAAACUCGAAACCACAGUCUACACCUAAAGUAAUAAAUUUAGAUGAUGAAGAUGAAGUGGAGGAUAUCACAGAAGUUGCAAAUACAUCAUCAUAUAAUCAGUGUAAUGGCACACAAACCACCAAAGAAAAUCAACAAGCAGAGGAAUCAUCGAUUUCGAUUCCAGAUCCAGAUACUGACCCUAAAGUAUCAGAUAAAAAUGAUAAUUGGUCAAAAUCAAAAGAUACUGUGCCCAAUCCGUUUGCCUUUGAAAACUCAUCUGCUAUGAAAACGAAAAAUCGAGAUUUGAGGUUCAAAAAAAUGUUGCAGCUUCAGGGGCAAGAAAUCGAAAACACGACUUCAGAACUCAAAACUAAAAUUUAUAAACUCAUACAGAAUUCCAAUUUAAAGCCAGCUCAAGAUGGUGAUUUGCUGCAAUCUGCAGCAUUAUCUACUAAGAGGUUUCACAGAGCUAUGAAAAAAACUUUAGCUGAAUUAGCGCACAUUAACGAUAGGUUAGUACGUGAUUUUCUUCAUUGGAAAAAGAGAGCGGAUGUAAUUCCUGGUGUUUCGACGACUGAAGAAAACAAAAAUGUUCAAACGGACGGACCAAGUAAUAAGAAUUUAAGCAGCCAUGUUUCUUGUGCUGAGAAUAGCAAUGAAAAUGAAGUUGCAACAAUUGGAAAUGAAAAUAAGACUGAUUAUGAAGUUAUUGAAAUCGAUAACCGUGAUAGUAGGCAAUUUACAAAUGUUGAAGUGGCUAGCGAUAAUGCUGAAAUUAUAGAAAUCGACAAUAAUCAAGAAAAUAAGGAAAAUCAAAAUGAAGUUAACCUCAGAGCCAGUAGAAAGACGAAUAAAUCAAAAGAUGAUAUACCAUUAGAAAUGAUAUGCGAGAGAGACUCCGCAUCUGAUUCUUCUGAUGAUGAAAUGGAAUCCACAAUCUUAAAACCAACCAUAACGCCACUCGAGUUUGCUAGUUUGCUCGAUCACUUAUCGAUUUUUAAGAAAAAGAUAACUUGCAACAAAUCUGCUGGAGAUAACAGUAUAGCACAUACCGAAGACAGGGGCUGUCAAGUUGACAUUGUACCUAAAAGAGAUUUCGAAAAGUGUAUAGGAUAUUCGCUUGUAAACAGAGCAAAAUCGGAUGCACAAUCGGAGGAGCCUUUCACGGAGUCUGAAACUUCAAUUAGUAACAAUUUUGAUGAAUAUCAAGAACAGUAUUUAUUUUAUCUUCAGCAUAUAGAAGACAACGGUAUUGAGACUGACGAAACUAAGGGGUUUACAACAGAAACCGAUCACAUUCCUGAAAAAACGCCUACAGAUAGCUCAACACCAUCUAAUAACGAUGAAAUAUGUCCAGAGAUAUCUUUAAUUGGUAGUAGACCAGAAAAUAAUACUUUCAGUGAUUUCACUGACACGCAAACAAUAGAUUGCAAUUUACCAUCACUUAUAGAUCAUUUUGUUCAAGAAAAUAGUCAUAACAAUUUGAUGACUGAAAGCCAAGUUGAUGAACCUGAAAUAUUAUCCUAUUAUCAAUCACCAAAAGAUAUGGAUGCACUUUUAGAAAUUGUCAAAAAGAUUCCAGAAAACUUAGAAACUUAACAAAAGCGUCACAAUAGUUUCAUAAAAUACUUCUAAAAUGUUACUCACAAUAGCUGCAAGUAAAGUCACAGUUGACUGAUGACUUUCUUGGUGUGAUUAUAUUUUUAAAUUUAAUGAAUCUAUCAGUUAGAAGCCUUUUAUAACAAAUCUAGUUAAUUUUGUUGUCACUGUAAAUAGUAUUAGGAUAAGAGUCUUCUUACACGUAUCGAUUUUUAUACUCUAGUUCUUAGUUAUCAUUAGAUUAAUGUCCAGCAUAAUAGGAAUUCACUCGAAAAAUAGUCAUUGCGAUAUACAAGUUGUUUUUCUAAAAUUUUCAAUGUUUUUCAUUUAUACAGAUGAAAAAUAGAGUAAAUUUAAUGAGUUUUUGAUAAACUUGAACUUAAAUUACUCGUAAACUAUUGUGUCGAUAGUUACGAAAAAAAUGUUUUAAAUAACAAAUUUCAUAACGAAAUAUUAUGAUUUUUCGGGAAAUAAUUUGCGCAAUAAUAGUAAAAUUUAUUAUUAAUGCUUUUAAUGUAUUAUCAAAUCUAAAUAUAUCUCUUAGGUUAAAUUACAAUGUGUAUAAUCGAAAAAUGAAUUUGUACAGCAACUUCGAUAAGUAUUUUUAUAAUUGAAUUUUAUUUAUUUUUAAAUAAAAUUUCAAUCUUUAGGAUAAUGGCGUUUAAGAAUAAGAAUCAGUUUAAUGUUAUUUAAAAUGAUGGCGAACAUCAUGAUACAUCUCAUAAGUUUUCAAACACAAAAAUCAUAAACGCAGAAUUAUGUAAAUAAUCAAGAUAGGUAGAAAAACUGUUAUGUGUUAAACGCAAGCAAUGAUCGACCGCUAUUCUUCUAAUUUGUUUUCUAUCUUGAAAAUAAUUUGUACAUAAAUAAUAAUAAUAAUUAUAACGUUCGUCUGCUCGAAUAAAUCCCACUGGACGAAUUAUCAUAAAAA